AUGCGUUUCUUGAUCGCACUUUUAUGCUAUAGCGGCCAUGUGACUGCAACACUGCACCACUUAUUUGUGGGUGCCUUCAGCAGUCCCCAUCUUUAUGCUGUGGGAUUUGAUGAUCAGAGCUUGACCCUCACCCUUUUAAACAACAUUACGACCCAAGACAGUCAUUUCUGGAUUACUCUCGAUGUCUACCUGCUUGUGAAUAAGAACUAA